CCUUCCUUUUAUAGAACACCCUCACCACAGCACAAGUCUACCAAUCACCGUGUACUUUAUUCGCUUAAGUACAAGGUGAUUCGUAAACUCGGGCUGUGGUGAGAGUAUUCUAUAACUUUGGUGUUCCGCUUUUAUCGCCCCAUAGAACCAAAGUUAAGGAGACUAUACUGUAUUUAUUUUUCUCAAUUUUUGUAAAUUUUAUUGUUCUAACUUUAUUUAUAGAUGAGACGUUUUACGCUGGAAGAAAAGAUGUUUUGUAUAGGAUUAUACCGUAGAUCUCGUUCAUCCUACUCCUUUCUGUCCAAAUACUUGCUGUGUCCUUCUAUAACUACUUUAAAUAAGCAAUUACAACGUAUUCCUUUCAAUGCAGGGUGCAAUAUGAUUACGUUUAAAUAUUUGAAGUUAGUUGCAAAGGAAGUAGAUCCCAGAGAUUUAAACGUAGUUUUACUGUGGGAAGAAAUGUCAUUAAAACCUGCCGUACAUUAUGAUAAAAAAAGAGAUAUAAUAAUUGGAUUUGAAGAUUGGGGAAUGCGCAGAAAAAGAAACUUUGCCGAUCACGCAAUCUUAUUUUAUAUUCGAUGCCUUGCAUCGGGGAAUCACAUGGCUCUUGGAUACGGGUUUUGUGAAAGCGCAACUCGAAGUAUUCAACUAGUACAGUGCAUUAAACAAUGGCUGAAUAUGAUAGUAAAAUGCGGUUUUAAACCUGUUGCUACCGUCUGCGAUCAAGGAGGGCCAAAUGUUGCAGCCAUAAAUAUGUUAAUAAAAGAGGCAAAUGAAAAACGAAUAAAGCAACAUAAGAUUCCUGAAAAUACAUUUAUCGUAUCCAAUUGUGAAGUUGUACCUUUGUACGAUUAUGUACACUUACAAAAAGGUGUACGCAAUAAUUUGCUAACAAAAGAUUUGGUUGUUGAUAAAUUUAAAAAAGAGUCUGAGAGACAAUUCGCCUCAUGGAACGACAUUAUUACUGUUUAUGAAAUAGAUAAAUAUUCUUUCUUAAAACAACGUCAAAUGCCAAAAUUGACCAAUAAACACAUUUUUCCAAAUUGUAUUCCCAAAAUGAGAGUAAAAUAUGCGACACAAGUAAUCAGCCAUACAGUGGCAAAUUUCAUUGAUGUCAUUCUGACAUGGAAUCAAGGUAAAAUACUAUAAUCAUUGAAAAGAAAGUAUUUUCGGUUUAUGAAGUUUUUACAAAAAGUUUGUACAAAAUACAACACAUAAUACUCUAAUAUCAUUUUUCAUUACAGGUCU